AUGGCUAAUCCUCCAGUCAAGCCCAUUCCAGUGGUUAUGGAGCCUUCUGGCUACCUAACUAGAAUGCUCAAAAUAAACCAAGGAACAGACUAUGUGCCUCCAGAGGACGCUGCAGCUCCAACAUCCGAAUCUCACACCAAAUUCUAUCUAUACAAGUUCGACGAGUCGUCGCCGAAUGGACAGAAAAUCCCUCUAAUAAACUCCAAAUCAUACUACACAAUAGGCAAAGAUCCACAGACAAACGACAUCGUCGUUGCAGAUGAGCUUGUGUCGGCCAACCACGCCGUUCUUCAAUUCAGAUCCAAGAACUCUGAAGUUACUGCUUAUAUAAUCGACCUUGAUUCCACCAAUGGAACCUUCAUCAACGAUCACGAGCUACCGCCCAAUCGUUACGUCCAAGUUCUCCACAAAGAUGUCUUGCGGUUUGGAGAUCCUGAAUCGCAAACAGAGUUUGUUUUUAUUCGUGAUUGAGGAGGAAGUUGUCCUCGCUGCCUUUACCCCAGUGUCCGAUGGCCUCGCGCGCGAGUUUCUUACAUGCGCUCACACUUGCACAGUUCUUGAGCUCGUUGUAGUCUUUGAAUUUGUGCGGUGUAAGCCUCAGUGCUAAUUCUGCCAAUUUCUCUCUCGAAACGUCGCUCUGGUGUUGGUAUUGGAUACUUUUUUUUGCUGGACACCCAUUUCUGACUCCCUUAUUCAGAACCUGUAUAUACGACCGCGGCGGACAAUAUAGUAUCGAUAGAUUUGAGGGUGUACUGCCAGUGAAUGGACAUGGCAGGUCUGAAGCCAGUACCUUGAGCGGAUGAUAAUAUGAAGAGAGCUCUGGUGGCAUCUUUAUUCGAUCACAGAAACAACGCUUUAUUGCAGUCUGAUUGAUCUUCUGUUUCGGCAGAACUAGAAAGCUCAAGUAAGGCGGAUCAUCCACCAGAUCGUAAACGAGACUGC